AUGAAAACGGUUGAUAAUUAUCCGAUAUAUGAUCCAGUAAAUGAACUAAAUUUUCAUAGUGGAAAGUCAUUUCAAAAUUUAUGUUAUCGAGUCGAUACGACUAAAAUAAAUAUUGGAAUUGCUGGACGAAAUAGGACAGGUAAAUCAGCUUUAAUUAAUGCUAUGCGAGGAAUUUCAUAUGGAGACCAAUAUACAGCUGGACGUUAUCCAUGUGAGCGGAUGGAACCAUUCGUUUUCAUUGAAGAAGAAUUUAAUUGGUUGGUUCUGUGGGAAAUACCUUAUCCACGAAAAUUUUCUGGCAGUGUUGAUGUGUAUGAGAGAAAUAUUGAACACGACAAACUUUACGAAAGUAACAAGUUAUAUUUAUUUGAAAUAAUUUUUGUUCUUAUCGAUGAUGGCAAAUUGCAUGAUGAUGAUAUUAUAUUCGCCAAAAUCCUCAACAGUCGUCGAACAUCUCUUGUAUUUCUAAGUACUAAAACUGACAAUGUUCUUGAUGCUGAAUCGAGAGAAUGUCAUUUAGAAAUUUGCGAUAAGCUUAAAGAACGAUUCCUUGAAAAAGGUCUGAAUAGAUUAUUAAAGUUUUUAUGCAAGUGUCAAUCACUUGAGGAUGUUGAAAUGCUAUAUAUAAAUGCUCCUACUAUAAAAUGUAUUGUUAACGGCAAUACUGAUUAUUUACAUUAUAAGAUCGAUGAAAUUCGUCUCCUGGACAUUAUUGGCCUAAAACCUGGUUGUCAUUAUGGCUUGGAAAAUUUGCUUCAAAAACAGAAACAGAAAAAUGUAUUUAAAAAUCUGAAUCGCAAUGUAUCGAGAAAAUCAUCAUUUGAAUUGUGCACAUAUGGCUGUAAUCGAACUACAGUACUGGCUGAUGCUGGUUUUCAAAUUUCUUAUCGUAUUGAUGAUAGAAUUUAUGACUAUAGCAUUAAAUAUGGUAUAAGACGAGCAGGAAAGACAACAUUUAAUUAUGCGUUUGCUGGUGAAAGUAGAGCAGGUAAAUCCUCGCUUAUCAAUGCACUGCGUGGAAUGUCAAUGGAACAUCCUCUUGCUGCCGGUCGACGCCGAAACAAAUUCGGUGAAUGUGAACGAUUCGAUUUCGAUGACGACGUACUUGCAUAUAAUGUUACAUUAUGGGAAUUACAUUACCCGAAAAAAAUAAAUGCUUUCUUCGACUUCAUCGACCGUUAUAAAAUUGCUACGUUCACGGCGGUUUUCAUACUGAUUAGCCGAGUUCCUUCAGAUCAGGAUCUAACGUUCGCAAAAAUCGCUUUUAGAAGGAAUGCAACAAUCGUUUUUCUACUUUCGAAAUGCGAUGAAAAACUUAUGAAACGAUCGAGAAAUGAAGAAAUACCAAUUUGUGAUUUCUUAAAGCAAAGAUUCGUCGACAAAGGAAUCGUUCGAUUUGAUCGAUCAUUGCGAUCGAAUGCUCCAGAACUAUGCGGCCGUAUUCAUCUUUUUUUUAUCAGCGCAACAGUAUUUAUGUCAUUACGAUUAGGGAAUGACGCCUCGACUUUUUUGUUGCAUGAAAGAGCUGUUUUCGAUUUUUUGAAACAGAAACGCUUAGUUUCCGAAAUGUUACAAUCGUCAACUGGCCGACUGAAUGACAACCUAUAUGCAAAUAUUGGUGACAAUGACAGCCAAGUUGAAUUCUUGAUUCCUCAAAUUAUUUGA